GGUGGGAUGAUGUACAGGAGACGGGUUAAUGGGUGGAUGGACGAACAAGGAGAAGAAUGUUGGGUGGUAAAGAAUGAAUGAGGAACGAACAGCGAGAAUGAUUGUUACUGAUGGGAUGAGGUACUGUACAGGAAAACGAAACUGGAUGGUAAAGAAUGAAUGAGAAAUAAAAGAGAGUGGUAUGAGUUGGUAGUAGGAUGACAAGGGGAGGAAUGAUAACUGGGUGCUCAGACAAGUGUUGCAUGAGGAAGAGUGGCGAGGUGUCCCUUGUGACGUGGCCGGACAGAGCACUCCAGGACAGCUCAGGGAGAAGAAUGAGUCUCAGGGAGAGUGUGAGUGUGAACCUGGGGGAGGGUGAACCAGGACCUCAGCCUUCCAAGAAAGUGGUUAGGUUCUUUGGCUUGCCAGUUUCUGAAUUUCCUAUCCCCCUGCAGCUAACUUUGUUGACGUCUUUUGUGUUCGUCUUCUAUCUCAUGUAUGGAUAUGUUCUGGAACUGAUCUUCACCCUGGAUGGGAUGCAGCCAUAUGGGUGGUACCUGACACUGGUGCAGUUUGCUUACUACACUCUGUUUGCUCUCAUCCAGUUACUGUUGUCUGGUGAGGGUAUCUCCAGAAAAAUACCUUUGAGGACAUAUGCUGUCAUUGCCUUCCUCACUGUGGGCACGAUGGGAUUCUCCAACUCAUCUGUAGGAUACCUGAACUAUCCAACUCAGGUAAUAUUCAAGUCCUGCAAGUUGAUACCAGUGAUGAUUGGGUCAGUUCUCAUACUUGGGAAGCGUUACUCAUUUGCUGAAGUUUUAGCUUGCAUCUGUAUGAGUGUGGGACUGAUUUGGUUCACUUUGGCAGACUCCACAGUACAGCCAACAUUUUCUAUCACAGGUGUAGUGCUUGUCAGUUUGGCUCUUCUUUGUGAUGCGGUUAUCGGUAAUGUUCAGGAGGGAGCCAUCAAGAAGUACAGUGAAGGAGCAACUCAUGUAGUCCUCUACUCCUACAGCAUUGGUUUCUUCAUCAUCCUUGCUGGCCUUGUGAUGACAAACCAGUUGUUGUCUGCAGCAUCAUUUGCAGCCCAGUUUCCCUGGGAGGUGUAUGGGCGUGGGAUACUGUUGUCUGCUGCAGGAUUCUGUGGUGUGCAGGUGGUCCUCACUCUGGUCACACUACAUGGUGCCCUCCUUGCCGUCACUGUCACCACCUGUCGCAAGGCAAUCACUAUAUGUCUCUCUUUCAUCUUCUUCAGCAAACCAUUCACCAUACAGUACGUCUGGGGUGGUUUACUUGUCAUUGCAGGAAUAUAUCUCAAUAUAUAUGGAAAGAAAAACAAGGGCACAACUUUUCUAGUGUCACUGCAACAGUUAUACAUGGCAGUACAGAGAAGCCUGGGGCCCAAGGUGAGCACUAUAAGGGAGGGUGAUGCCUCAUUGUUUAAUGUGUGACACAGACUACUGUCUAGAGGUGCUAUGUAGUGUAGGUGUGAAAGUACAAGAAUUUCUUGUACACUGACUAUAGUUCCAUAAUGGUUGAUUAUUUUUAAGUGUUGGAAUUUUCAGAGUGAUUUAAGAUUUGAUGUGUGUGUGAUUUGAGUGAUUUUAUAUCUAUGUGUGAAUGAUUUUGUAGCAAUCACUGAGUUUAUGUAAAUGGCACAAAGGUAGUUUUGUAGUGUGUUGGAAUGAGAACUUUAGUUACCACAUCUUCAGUAUUUUGGUAGGGCUUCAUAUGUAUAUGCUUAAGUGAUUUAUUUAUGUUUACUUAGCUAUCUACAUAUAUCUGCUACUUGUUCUUAAAUAUUCUUCCAAGGGGAUGACCAUGAUGUAGAAGUCUCCAUUUAUUCUUGUCAUUGCAUUCUCUCUUUGUGUACUCUGUUCUUCUCUCACACUUUCACUCACUCCAGCUAUCUGCCUUCUCAUUUCACUUGAGAUCAUCCUCUUACACCCACUGCAUCUGCCAUUCUCAUAUUUACAAUCUUUGUUAUCUAACUCUGCCAUUUUUCCAUGUGCCAUACUACUUUAUGGUGCUGCACUUGACACCCUCAAACACACCACAUAAUUUUUUCACCACAACAUGUCAUAUCUGUUAUACACAAUUGUUACUUUCACUAUCCAUUCUUCACUCAACAUAGACACAAUUCUUAUGUUAUUGUACAUAAUAAAAUUUUUUAUGUUGUGUUCUUUUGUGCCAUAUUGGCCAUCAGAAUUACUUUACUUAUUGUAUAUAUAUAUAUAUAUAUAUAUAUAUAUAUAUAUAUAUAUAUAUAUAUAUAUAUAUAUAUAUAUAUAUAUAUAUAUAUAUAUAUAUAUAAUUACAUGAGACCAAAUUUGAGGUUAAAAUAUUCUCUCUCUCUCUCUCUCUCUCUCUCUCUCUCUCUCUCUCUCUCUCUCUCUCUCUCUCUCUCUCUCUCUCUCUCUCUCUCUCUCUCUCUCUCUCUCUCUCUCUCUCUCUCUCUCUGUAUGUGUAUCUCCUUUCUGGUUUAUCAUACAAUAAUCCAUAUUGGAUGAGUGAUGGGCACAUGUGGGAAAAAUCAUUACAUAUGUGAAUACUUUUAGUAAUUAGUUUCAUAAGCUAUCUUAAGUACUGUGGCUUCAGUAUGGGCAUAAAAGGAUGAUUCAUCCUGUGGUGCUGUAAUGGAUUUUUAAUUAACUAUAGUUCAUAAUGUAGUAUUACAUAUGAGAAAGACCAAGGUAUAAGUAUUUUAAGUUAGAUAAGCUAAUUUAAUUUUUCAUGCAUAUCAUUUAAACUGUAAACAGUUUCACUUACUCUGACUGCAAUUUGCCAUCUGAGGACAGGUGAACAGCUGAGACUAUCACUGUGUGAUGCUCUUACUUGUUGACAGUCCUGUGUCCUCAUAUCUUAAAACAAGUGGCAAAAUUAUUACUCUCCUUUUACAAUCUACAUUCACUUGUAAGCUCCCAGAUUAUACAUAGAGCAAUCAUUAGGUGAGAGCAUCACCUAGUGACAGUGUUACCAUCUUAAGGUGUCCUCAUAUGGAAACAUUAUUGGACCAGAGUUGGUGACACCAAAUAUGUGUCUAAUGUAUUUUUUGGGUAUGUAGAUUUCUUGUCUAGUGACAAGCUUCUCUGAAAAAUGAGGUUGAUUUUCCUUUUAAAGUAUACAUUUUUAUGUUGUAAAGUCACAGAAGUACAUUAAUUUUAUUCAUAAUAUGUGCUCCCUGAAGAAAAUUAAGUUGUUAAUCAUGUGGCAAAGGUUGCAUAGAUUGUAUGUAGUACAUACAUUUCCUCUUAAAUGGUGCAUCAAGCUCAUUUCUUCCAUGCAAUGACUUAGGCCAUUUAUGUAACUUUUGCAAGUGAGAAAAUAAAAAAAAUAAUAUGAAACAGAAAAUAGGGCAGACAAUAUGUAUCAUAAUGGUACCUGCAUUUCUAUAUUCAUGGUGGUUAAGGGAACUGAUAUGCAGCACCCUUACCUGUGAAUGUUCGAGUUAUAAAUAUUCAUAUAUUUGAACAAGUAUGUCAGUCUAAACUUAAAGCAUCAUUCUGUAUCAAAAGUCCAACUACUGCACAAAAGAAAACAGUGCACAGCUGCUAAGUAUCACCAUGUGAAUAAAGUACCACCAUUAUUGAGUCUGGGUCUUCAUGUUUUGCAUGACUAUUUGUGUUUAUAAAAUUCUUAUUCACUCCAACAUUUCUCAAGCAUGAUGACAAAGCCAUGAAAAAAAAAAAAAACAAGCAAACAUGCAUGCACAAAGUCACACCUAGUACUUGCCUUCUAGAGUACACACACACACACACACACACACACACACACACACACACACACAUAUAUAUAUAUGCACGUGCACAGAAGAUUAUUGUAACUGAUACAUCCAAAGUUAGAAUACACAGCAGUGGUUUGGUCACCAAGUCUGAAGAAGGACAUUUAAAAGCUGGAGAGGAUACAAAGAGCUGCAAGCAAAAUGGUUCCAAGUUUGACAUACCCCCCUUAUGAGGAAAGAUUGUUAAGACUGAACCUAAUGUCCCAGGUGCAGAGGAAAACAAGAGGGGAUUUGAUUGCAAUGUUUCAAUUGAUGGAAGGAUUGGAGAAAGUUGAUAGAGAGGACCCAAUAGUGCAGGAUGAGUGAACCACAAGGGGGCACAGGAAGAAAUUGAAGAAAAGCAUACACAAGAGGCACAUCAAGAAGCAUAGUUUUCCAUGUAGAACUGUUGAAGUUUAGAAUGCAUUGGACAAAGAAGUGGUUGAAGCAACAAUGAUACAUAAUUUCAAGACAAAGUUGGAUAAAUUUUGGGAUAAUAGAGACAGGACAUCAUGAGCAUAGCUCCCUUCCUGUAUGUCACAACUAGGUAAAUACAAAUAGGUAAAUACACACAUGCACAACACACACACACACACACUAACACACACACACACACACACACACACACACACACACACACACACACACACACACACACACACACGUCUUGAAAAGAUAGUGAUGAAAAGUAGUGAUAUAGUUAUUGUUGGAAAUUUUAAUUGUAAGGAGAUAAAUUGGGAGACAUUGACAACUGGAAGUGAGAACUCAUGGAGUAAUAGACUAUUAAAACUGGGCGGUAGAAAACCUGAUGACUCAUUGGGUUGAUAGUGAUACCAGAUUUAGAUAAAUCAUCAAGACUUGAUGUAGUGUUUACCAAGGACAUGGAAAUUAUUGAAAAAGAGUACACUAUGAUAGCCCUCUAGGUAAAAGUGAUCAUGUGUUGAUGGAAUUUAAUUUGAAAAAUGAAAAUGUAAUCAUUGAUGAAAAUUAUAAGGUGAAGAGAUUUAAAUAUAGUAAAGUUGACUGAAAAAUUAAGGAAGUACUUUGUUGCCAUGGACUGGAAAGACUUUGAAGAUUCAGAAGAUGUUCAGGAAAAAUGGGAUGAAUUUAUAAGGAUAUAUAGUUCUGCUGUGGAGAAAUUUGUACCUAGAGGAGGAGCAAGAUGUAGAAAGGGUAAAGAAUAAUUCAAUAUAAAAUGCAGAGGCUAGAAAUUGUAAGUUAAAUGCUUGAAAUAGAUGGAAGAAGAGCAAAACUGGGAGCGGAUGGGAGGAAUAUAUUGAUGCUGGAAACAAGUACGUUGAGAUAAUAAGAAUGGAGAGAAGAAACUAUGAAAGAGAUAUAAUAGAUAAGUGUAUAAAUGAACCCAAACUGUUCUUUAGACAUAUUAAUGGGAAGAUGAAGAAGGAAGGUGUAUCAAGAUUGAAAGUUGAAGGAAAAAUCUAUGAUGUGCACAGGACAUGGCUGAGGUUAUGAACAAUAGUAUUUACAUUUAGUUUAAUACAUUUAAAUUUAGUAAAUUUACCAAUUUAACAAUUGGUAUUUACUAUGGAAGGGAAGUUUGAUGCUGGAAGGGAUAAGUUGGUGAGGAAUAUACUAAGUACAGUCCCAGUCAGUUAUGAGGAAAUACCUAAGAUGAUGGAAGAACAUGAUGUAAGUAAAUCAUCAGGUCCAGAUGGAGUAUCAAACUGGAUAUUGAAGGAAUGUAGAGAACAACUGGCUGGUAAAAUUCAAAGUCUAGUGGUGACAUCACUAUCGCAGGGAAGAGUACCAAAAGAGUGGAAGAGAGCAAAUAUUACACCAAUAUUCAAAGGAGGAAAUAAGGAAAACCCACUAAAUUAUAGACCAGUGUCCUUGACUAGUGUUGUAGGAAAACUAUGUGAAAGAACAAUAAAAGGAAAGAUGGAUGGAACACUCAGAAAGAGAUAAAGUUUUGGUAAAUUGUCAAUUUGGAUUUAGGAGGGGAAGAUCAUGCUCCAUAAAUUUAUUGUCCUUUUAUUCAAGGGUAAUUGAUAUUGUGCAGGAGAGAGAGACGGAUGGGUGGAUGGUGCCUACUUAGACUUAAAGAAAGCCUUUGACAAAGUACCACACCGAAGAUUGCUAUGGAAGAUAAAAAAUGAUGGAAAAAUUGGAGGAAGACUGCUGGAGUGGAUGGAGGAUUAUUUGGAUGAUAGAGAGAUGAGAACUGUAAUACAAGACCAAAAUUCAUCUUGGCUGAAAGUAGCUAGUGGUGUCCCACAGGGGUCAGUGUUGGGACCAAUAAUGUUUGCAAUAUAUGUGAAUGACAUAAAUGAAGAAAUAGAUAGUUAUAUGAACUUAUUUGUGGAUGAUGCUAAGCUGAUGAGAAGAGCAGAAAAUGUAAAUGACUGUAUGGUACUGCAAGAUGAUUUAAAUAAGAUAAAUAGAUGGAGUAAAUCUUGGCAAAUGGAAUUCAGUUUAAGUGAAUGUACUCGUAAAGUAAUGGAGUUUGGUAAGAGUAAGAAAAGAAUACAAUAUCGUUAUGAGAUGGAUGGUGUGAAGUUAAAGAAAUCAAAAGAAGAAGUGGAUUUGGGAGUAACAGUUACUGAAAAUUUGAUUCCAGAUAGACACUGAUAAAAUUACUGGAGAGAUGAAUGAAUUUGUUGAAGAGAGUAAGAAUGACAUUCUCAUAUUUGGAUGAAGGAAUGAUAAAAAAAGUUGUUGAUUUCCAUGAUAAGACCAAGAUUGGAAUAUGCAGCAGUGGUGUGGUCUCCUCAUACAAGGAGGAAUAUUAUAAAAUUGGAAAGAGUACAAAGAGCAGUCACUAAGAGCGUUGAGUAAAUCGACCUAUGAAGAAAGAUUAAGAAUGUUGGAAAUUCCUAACCUUGAAAGUAGGAGAGAGAGAGGGGAUUUAAUAAAUUAUUAUUAAUAUUAUUAUUUUAUUGACCACAACAGCCCAUACAACACAAUGAACAUAAUGAACAAUAAGUGACCUUCUAAAAGAGAUACAAGAAACGUGCUAUUGGUCCAUCACAAAAGACUGUAGAAAUGUGAUUGUAUGUGACAAAACUAGAAAUAUUAAGGCAUAAAAACUUUAAAGUGUCACAAUUAACAAAAUAUUGAUAAACUUAAAAUGUAAAAGAAAACGGAUAAUGACAUGCGAAAUUAUUAAGAUUAAUAAACAACACGGUUAAUAGUACAGUAUAAUAAAUAAAACCAAAUUUAUACCUCUAAUAACGAAAUACAUUAGCAUACUUUUCAAAAAUUAAUAAUAAUAAAUGAACAUAUGUGCAUUAUCUGAAAGUCUAUUAUUCUCAUUUAAUAGUAUACACAAAGCUGAUGGAUAUAAUUCAAGCUUAGUUAAACCCAAAAUUUGAAAAUCUCAGUUAACAAAAACAAAACCAAGUUUAUACCUCCAACGAUAAAAUACAUCAAAAUACAUCUAUAAAGAAAGAAAGAAGAAAGGGUGACAGCAUAAGCAGAAGGAUUAGAGGUCAGGAAAAAGUCAAGAAUGUUGAGCGUAUCUCCAAGACGGUCAGGAAUACGAGUAGGGUGUUGCACCAAUUGCUCUAGGUCGUGGAGGAUAGCAAAGUUGAAGGCUAGUUCAUCAGGAUGGUCAGUGAAGGGAGAGGAAAGCCAAAGCUGGUGGUGAACAUUGAAGUCUCCAAGAAUGGAGAUUUCUGCAAAAGGGAAGAGGGUUAGAAUGUGCUCUGCUUUGGAAGUUAAGUAGUCAAAGAAUUUCUUAUAGUCAGAGGAAUUAGGUGAGAGGUAUACAGCACAGAUAAAUCUAGUUUGAGAGUGACUGUAGUCGUAGCCAGAUGGUGGAAAACUCAGAACAUUCAAGAGCGUGGACACGAGAGCAGGUUAAGUCAUUGCGCACAUAAAUGCAGCAUCCAGCUUUGGAUCGAAAAUGAGGAUAGAGAAAGUAGGAGAGAACAGAAAAGGAGCUACUGUCAGUUGCCUCAGACACCUGAGUUUCAGUGAGGAAAAGAAGAUGAGGUUUAGAAGAGGAGACGUGGUGUUCUACAGAUUGAAAAUUAGAUCUUAGACCGCGAAUGUUGCAGAAGUUAAUGAAGAAAAAGUUGAGGGGGUGUCAAGACACUUAGGGUCGUCGACAGAAAGGCAGUCCAACCUGGGGACAUUUAUGGUCCCCUCCCCAGAUGGGGACUCCGAGGCUGGUGUAGGAGUCGCCAUGAUGAUUUUAAAAUUUUUGAGUGAAGGGUGUGUGUGUUAUUAGGUGUUUGUAGUUUUGUGUGGAGGAAGAGAGUUGUCUUUAGAGGGUAGGCUGUGACUGCCCCCUUGUGUUGUGAGACACAAAGGGAAAUGUUCAGUGAGGUCACAGCUGGGUUUAAUGAUAAGUUCACAGCACCCCCUGAACAGUGCUUUAGAUCUCACUUGGAGUAAUUAUCGUUUCUGCAGGUGUCUACUGCCUCCUCCAAAUAUAUACAUACAUAUAAUAAAUACAUGCACAUUCGCACACAAGGAAGGAAAAAGAGGAAGAAAAGUUAACUUUACAGAAAUCAUAGAAGCACAAAAGAAGGAAAAGAGAUUUAAGUAAGGAAAUUGUGAAAGUGAUCAAACAGAAGGAAUCGAUGGUAAGGGACACAGUGGACAAAAGGAAAUGUAUUUUUAUAUAUGGAUUAAAAGAGGAAACAGAGCCAGUAAGAUACAAGAGGGAAAAGAACAAAAAAAAGGUAGCAGAGGACAUUGUAAGAAAUAUACAGAGAGAAGGUGAGGACUGGAUAAGUGAAAUUGAGGAAAUACAUAGACUGGGGAAGUAUACAGAAGGAGGAGAGCGACCACUGAAAGUAAAAUUUAGGGCACAAACAACAGCCAUGGAAGUGAUAUCAUAUGCAUGGAAACUGGACAAGAUAGAGCAAUAUAGGAAAGUUUGGAUAAAGAGGGACAUGAAUGAGGAGGAGAGACCCUAGGUAAAUGAUCUAAUAAAAGAAGCAAAGGCAAAAAACGAGAACAGAAUGGAGGAAGAGAAAAAAAGUUCUAUUGGAAGGUAAGAGACGAGAGGCUCAGGAAGUGGUACCUGACAAAAAAGGAUAGAAAAUGUAAAUAACGUAUGGAAACAUAUAAAGUGGACAGUGGCAUAUACAAAUAUAUCUGUGGCUUAAUAUCAACAUUGCGAGAAUUGAAUAGUUAUAUCAAGAUAAAGCAGCCCGACAUCAUGGGUAUUACUGAAGUUAAACUAAAUGAGACAACAGAAAAUAUAAGAAUUGGUAAUAGUAAUUAUAAUGUGUGGAUAAAACAGAAAUAAUAAGAAAAGGGGAGGAGUCAUGUUACUUACAAAGAAGAGUAUAACAGUGGAAGAUGUCAAAAUGGGAGAAGCAAUGGUGGAAGUAAUUAGAAUUAAAACGAAAAGGAAGGGAGAAGGAAGAAGAGAUUUUGUAGUGGCUUAUGUACCCCCAAAGACAAAUGCAUGGGCACAAAAGGAUUAUAAAUUAUUGUUAAGAGAUACUAGUGACUGUUUGGAGAGAAUACUGGAAGAGAGUAAUAAUAUACGUAACACUUACAGGUGACUUUAAUUGCAAGGAAGUAUGCUGGGAAGAGUGGACCAUGGACGGAGAAGAGUCAUGGGGAUAUAUGCUUCUAAAUUUAAUAAUGACAAAUACCCAAUAGAUUGGAGAAAAUACAAGAUUUGGGGGUAAUGAAGAGGCAUCAAGGCUAGACUUGUUGUUUACAAAGGAAAUGGACAUCAGUGAAAGAAUAAAUUAUCAGUGCCCACUAGGUAAAAGUGACCAUCUGUUAACUGAAUUCAGUAUAGGCAGUGGUCCAAUAGAAAAUAGGAAUGAAAUUUACAAGAAUGGGAGAUAUAAUUACAGGAAAGCAGAUUUUAUCAGGUUUUGCAGAGGCUAAAUGGAAACAACUGUUCAUGGCAAGUAAUAUGCAGGAAAAGUGGGAUAUAUUCAUGGAAAUUUAUAAUGAAGGGGUCAGUAGAUAUGUACUGAAGAUCAAAAUAAAGAAAGUGAAAAAGAAAAAAAGACUGGUCUAAUAAAAGAUGUAUAACAGCAAGAAAAGAAAAAGAAGCAGCAUGGAAUAGAUGGAGAAAAAAGGAGGAAGUGAGAAAUGGGAAGAAUUCAAGAAGGCAAGAAACAAAUAUAUCAGAAUCUUGAGAGAAGAAGAAAGGAAUUAUGAGAAAGAUAUAGUUAAUAAAUGCAAAGUUAUUCUUCAGAUAUGUGAAUGAGAAGAUGAAAACAAGCAAACAAUAGAUAAAUUAACGAAAGAUGACAUUACAUAUGAUGAUACGUGGUCACAAACGGAAUUAAUGAACAAGUGCUUCCAGUCAGUAUUCACCAAAGAAAGCAAAUUUGAAGGAGAAAGAGCAUGGCACAGAGACAGUGUGAUGAGAGAGAUACAAAUGGACAUAAGUGAAAUUAAGAAGAUUAUGAAAGAAUUAGAUGUAAGUAAGGCUCAAGGACCAGAUGGAGUGUUCAACUGGAUACUUAAGGAAUUUUGUGAACAACUGGCAGGAAGUGUACACAAUACCAUAGCAUGUUCUUUUAAGGAAGGAAAAAUCACUCUAGACCAGAAGAGAGCCAAUAUUGUACCCAUUUUUAAAGGAGGUAAUAAAGAAGAUCCACUGAAUUACAGACCAGUGUCCCUAACUAGUGUGGUGGCAAAAAUAUUGGAAAGAAUAGUUAAAAACAUGGAUGGAAUAUUUAGAAGAAAUACAUACAUUGACUGACAGACAAUUUGGUUUCAGAAGUGGAUGAUCUUGUGUCAUGAAUUUAGUGAGCUUUUAUAGAAGGGAAAUUGAUAUAAUUCAAGAGAGAGAGGGUUGGGUAAACUAUGUUUAUUUAGACCUAAAAAAUGCAUUUGAUAAGGUACCACACCAGAGACUGCUAUUGAAAAUUCAAAAUAUAGGGUAUCUGCAAGGCAACACACUGAAUUGGGUUACAAACUUCUUGAGGGACAGAGAAAUGAGAACAGUAAUAAAGGGAUAAAAAUCAGAAUGGUGUAGGGUUACAAGAGGAGUACCACAGGGGACAGUCUUAGCCCCCAUAAUAUUUCUGGUGUAUGUCAACGAUAUAGUGGUGAUGAGGUUGACAGUUAUAUAAGUCUGUUUGCAGAUGAUGCAAAAUUAUUGAAAAGAGUGGAAGACAAUAUGGAUUGUUAAAUAUUACUGAAAGAUCUAAAUAAGAUAUAUGAAUGGAGUAAGAAAUGGGAAAUAGAAUUCAAUGAAAAGAAAUGCAAGGUGAUGGAAUUAGGAAAAAGCAAAAGAAGACUGACAAGUUCCUACACCAUGGGAGAAGUAGAAAUUAAGAAAACCAAAGAAGAAAAAGAUUUGGAAAUUACGAUCAAGUAAUUAUUUAUCACCCGAAAAGCAUGUAAACAAAAUAGUUGGGGAAACCUAUGAGUUACUAAGAAAGAUAAAAGGGGCAUUUGCUUACAUGGAUGAUGAAAAAGUUGAUGGAAUAUGUGAUUCGACCAAAACUGGAAUAUGUCCUAAUUAUUUGGUCACCCCAUAAUAAAAAGAAAAUAAGGAAAAUAGAAAGGAUCCAAAGAGCUGCAACCAAAUUGGUACCAAGUUUGAGAGAUUUAACCUAUGAAGAAAGAUCAAGGAGAUUGAAGCUUCCAUCAUUACAAGAGAGAGAAGAGAAAGAGGGGACCUGAUUGCUAUAUACAGAGCUUUAAAGGGUAAAGAUAAAGUUGGCAAAGAAGACUUAUUUAUGUGGGACUCAAGAGAUACAAAAGGACAUGGAGUGAAAUUGAGGAAAACAGCAAGUAGAAGAGAUAUCAAGAGAUAUGGUUUCCCAAAUAGAAGCAUAGAAAUAUGGAACAACUUAGAUGAAACAGUGGUACAAGCAACAAAUAUUCAUGAAUUUAAAGUUAAGCUGGAUGUUUAUAGAUAUGGAGACAGGACAGCACGAGCAUAGCUCUUUUCCUGUAAAACACAAUUAGGUAAAUACAAACAUAUAUACAUAUGCACACAUUAAAUAUAUGCAUACUUGCACACAAGUUUACAUGCAAUCACACACACGAGUACACCAGUACAAAAGGCACAUAAACGACAUAAAUAUAUAUAACAAAAUGUAUAGAAUAUAAAGAGGGUGGUCAUAAAUACUUAUUCAUCAUAAUUAAGGAGCAGUGUGUUUUUAGCCGAUUUCUAAAACAGUUUUAAGUUAGUAAUGGAGGUGAUAUUUUGAGGCAAACUGUUCCAGUACUUGCUUUCUCUAAACAAGACACUGCUGUGCAUGUGCUAUCCAACACAGUGGUAUGCAUAGGGUAUUGUUUGGGUGUGCGUUACAGGUUUGUGGUAUUGGUGUAAAGCUGGAGACUAACUGAUGAUGAAUAUGUAGAUUUAUGUACAAAUAUAUUGGUUUGUAAGAAAAUAAUAUCUUGAAGUUUUAGAAUUUUGAAGUCAUUGAAAAUAUGAUGUGUGUGAUCAAAGUGUUUUUUGAAGGACAUGGUACAUAAUGAUUUUUUUUUGAGUGAUGAAUAGGUUUUCCCUGAUGGUACCACAGAUGGAGGUGGGCAGAUGAUGGGGUAUGGGAAGAAAAUACAGAAGCAAUGCAACUUCUCAUAUAGAACUACUGAAAUCUGGAAUGAUUUGAAGGAAGAGGUGGAUCACUCAGUGGAUAAAAUGAUGAAGGCUAGAGAAAUACAAAUUAAUAUGCUGGAGGAAAGGAUGAAAAAGAUUCAAGUCCAAGACAAAAACAGGGAUAAGCAAAUUAAGGAAAGCCAAGAACAAGUUAAGGAAAUGGCAGAAAGAUCAGUAAAUAAGUGCGAGGAGUUGGAGAAAAAAGUGAGUUAUACAGAAGCAGUGAAGGAGGAGAGUAAUGGACCUAAGGUUAAGGAAGUGGUACAUGUGAAGAGUGAAGGGUGCAGAGGCACAGCUGUAAGAGAGGGAGGGACAUGGACAGUGGCAUACACUAAUGUGGAUGGUUUAGUUUCAGUGAUGGAUGAAGUGAAUGAAUUUAUAAAAGCAAAUGAACCAGACAUCAUGGCAAUGGUAGAAAUUGAACUAAGAGAUUCAGAGACACCAAAUUUAGGAGGGGGAAAGUACAAUAUGUGGAUAAGAAACAGAUGUGGAAAAGGAGGAGGUGGAGUGAUGAUGCUUGUUAAAAAGGGUAUCAGGGUGGAGAGUGUGGAAAAUGCAGAAGGCUUGGUGGAAGGCCUAAACUUACAACUAAUAAAUGGAAGAAGAGGAAUACGAUAUGUCACAGUGGUGUAUGUCCCACCAAAAACAAAGACCUGGAAUAGACAAGAGCAUGAACAGUUGCUGAGUGAGACAAAAGAAUGGCUUGUAAAAAAAAAAAAAAAAUGUUAUAAUGGGAGAUUUUAAUUGUAAAGAGAUAAAUUGGGAGGAGUGGAACACAAGAGGAGGAGAAGAGUCAUGGGGAGAUAAGGUUCUGAAACUGGCAAUGAACAAUAUUAUGCCACAGUGGGUUGAGGAAAACACUAGAUAUAGAGAAGGAGAGGAGCCAUCAAGACUUGAUUUGGUAUUAUCAAAAGAAACAGAUAUUAUAGAAGACAUGAACUAUAGUUGUCCACUAGGAAAAAGCAACCAUGUCAUGAUAAGGUUUUGUAUUAAAGAAAAAGAGAGGAAAGUAGAUGUGAAGAUUAUAAAAGUGAAAGAUUUAAUUAUGGUAAGUCAAAUUUUGAACAAAUGAGAUACUUUGGUAAAGCGGACUGGAGUACACUUAUCACAGCAAGUAAUGUGCAAAAGAAGUGGGAAGCUUUCAUCAAUAUUUAUGAAGAGGGAGUGAAAAGAUAUGUACCAAAAGUAGAGACAAAGAGAACAUAUAACAAUGACUGGUAUAAUAGAAGAUGUGAAAUAGCUAGGGAGGAGAGGGAAAUGGCAUGGAAUAGAUGGUGGAGGAAAAAUACGCAGGAGCUAUGGCAAAACUACACAACUACAAUAAAUGAAUAUGUAAGGGUUAUUAGAGAAGAAAGGAAAAAUUAUGAGGAAGAUAUUAUGGACAAAUGCAAAGAGGAACCAAAACUAUUCUUCAGAUAUGUGAACAACAAAAUGAAAAAUAGAGAAGGAAUAAGCAGAUUGAAGGUGAAUGGUCAAAUGUGUGAGGAUCCGGCUGAAUUGGCAGAGAUAAUGAACAGGAGUUUUCAAUCAGUAUUCACAAAAGAGAGAACAUUUGUGUGGCAGAGUGAGAUGAGUGAGGAAAUGGGUCUGGGGGAAAUCCAAGUGACUGAAGAGGAGAUCCAGAAACAGAUGGAGGGACUAGACGUUAGGAAAGUCCCUGGACCUGAUGGAGUGUCAGGAUGGAUACUAAAAGAGUGCAAUCAGCAGUUGACAUGGGUAACACAUAAUAUUAUUUAGAGCUCCCUAAUUGAAAGCAGAGUCCCAAUUGAAUGGAAGAGAGCCAACAUAGUGUCAAUCUACAAAGGUGAUAGUAAAGAGGAGCCCUUAAACUAUAGACCUGUGUCUCUAACAAGUAUGGUGUGCAAAAUGUGUGAAAGAUUGGUGAAGGAUAAAUGGAUGCAGUACCUAGAAGGAAAUGAAGUGAUAAUAAAACAACAAUUUGGAUUUAGGAGAGGGAGAUUGUGUGUUACAAACUUACUGAGUUUUUAUUCUAGGAUGGUGGAUAUUAUGCAAGAAAGAGAUGGAUGGGCUGAUUGUGUUUAUUUAGACCUGAAGUGUGUUUAUUUAGACCUGAAGAAGGCAUUUGAUAAAGUGCCACUCAGGAAAUUGUUGUGGAAGUUGAAGCAUAAUGGUGGGCCAAGGAGGGGGGCCUGCUGAGAUGGAUGGAAAAUUUCUUGACAAAUAGAGAUAUGAGAACAGUGGUAAAAGAUAAAAAAUCAUCAUGGAGGGAAGUCAUAAGUGGAGUACCCCAAGGCUCAGUACUUGCACCAAUCAUGUUUGCAGUUUAUAUAAAUGAUAUGACGGAGAGUGUAAACAAUUACAUGAGCCUUUUUGCGGAUGAUGCAAAGUUGCUGAAGAAAAUUGAGAGUGCAGAGGACUGUGGAAUGUUACAAGAAGACCUGAACAAGAUAUCAGAAUGGAGGUAUAGAUGGGAAAUGGAAUUUAAUUUAAAGAAGUGUAAAGUAAUAGAAUUUGGAAAAGUACAAGAAGAGUAAAAGGAAAUUAUGCGUUGAAUGGUGUAAGGUUGAGUGGAGCAGAAGAGGAAAAGGAUCUUGGUGUUACAGUGACUGGGAACCUGAACUUGGAGAGACACAUUAGCAAAAUUACAGGAGAAACCUAUAACUUGUUGAGAAGAAUAAGGCAGGCCUUUGCUUAUAUGGAUGAAGAGAUGAUCAGGAAGAUGAUCGUGUUGCUGGUAAGACCUAGACUAGAAUAUGCAGCAGUAGUGUGGUCGCCAUACAAGAAAAAGGAUAUAAGGAAGUUGGAGAGAGUUCAGAGAGCAGCUACGAAGAUGGUACCAAGUAUCAGGGACUUGUCAUAUGAAGAGAGACUGGCAAGGAUACAUCUAGCAACGUUGGAAAAGAGGAGAGAAAGGGGAGACUUGAUUGUGAUAUAUAAAGCAUAUGAGAGAGUAGAGGAGGUGGACCGGAGCGACUUAAUGGUCUGGGAUACAUGGGACACUAGAGGACAUGGAAAGAGGCUGAAGAGGAGUGCUUGUAGAAGAGAUGUCAAAAAGUAUAGUUUCCCAUACAAAAGUAUUGAUGUAUGGAACAGUCUGGAUGAGGAGAUAGUAAAUGCAGAAAGUAUACAUGGAUUCAAGGCUAAGUUGGAUAUUAAAAGAUAUGGAGAUGGGACAGCACGAGCAUAGCUCUUUUCCCAUAAAGCACAACUAGGUAAAUACAACUAGGUAGGUAAAUACACACACACACACACACACACACACACACACACACACACACACACACACACACACACACACACACACACACACACA